UGGUCAAAUAUUACACAACAGCGCUUCGAGACCCACCUUGCAAAUAUCACAGCUUCAUGCGGCUUUCCUUCUAACUGGGUAGAAAAUCAAGCAGUUUGUGAUUUUCUCAAUGAGAUGUUACCUUCUGCAUCACAUGUUUCGAGCUACCAACUAUCUCAUCGGAUUAUACCACGCGAGGUAGAAAAACAUCGGAAUGCAGCCAUGAAUAGGAGUCAAGACCAGUAUGCUACAUUGCAAACUAAUGGCUGGACUGGAGUAAAUUUCCGUCAUUUGAUUGCAUUUAUGAUAACAACUUCGAAACGAGAAGUGCAUACUGUUCGUGCAACGGAUGUCUCUUCGGAUUGGAAAACAGCUGACCAUCUCAAAAUUCUCAUCCUUGAUGUGGUCAAGGAGGUCGAGGGUAAAUGGAAGGCCACAAUAGUAGCGAUCACAUCAGAUGCUUCGGGCGAAUCCAGAGCAGCAAGGAAAAGAAUUGUCGCUGAAUUUCUGUAG